CGGUUAAAAGCCAGCGGCGGUGCUAGCUAGCUAGCGUUAGCUGUCAGCCGGUUCAGUCAUUGUGCAGGGAUGGAGGUAACACGCAGAAACUAUAAGGACUGCUUAAACACGGUGUACAGCGCCAUAGAAGACGCGGACUUCCUCGCCAUCGAUGGGGAGUUUUCAGGCAUCAGUGACGGUCCUAAUGUCAGUGCGCUCACCAACGGACUGGACACACCAGAGGAGCGCUACACCAAGCUGAAGAAGCACUCGAUGGAUUUCCUCCUGUUCCAGUUUGGGUUGUGCACGUUCAAGUACGAUCAGACCAAGUCAAAGUAUAUCACAAAGACUUUUAACUUUUAUAUAUUCCCCAAACCGUUCAGCAGAACUUCGCCUGACAUAAAGUUCAUCUGUCAAAGUUCCAGCAUUGAUUUCUUGGCCAGUCAGGGAUUUGACUUCAACAAGGUGUUCUGUCACGGGAUCCCGUACCUGAACCAGGAGGAGGAGGCCCAGCUGAGGGAGCAGACGGAGGAGAGGAGGAAUCAGCAAGCCAACGGCGUCGGGACGCCGUCCUUCGUCUCCCCCUCGUCCUCCAAAGGCCCGGCGCACGUACCCGACGAGCACAAGGACUUCAUCAACAGAGUGGUAGAAAAGGUUGAAGCUCUCUUCAGUAACUCAGAGAAGACUUUGGACCUGGACCCGUGCACUGGGUUUCAGAGGAAGCUUAUAUACCAGACGUUGAACCGGAAGUUUCCGAAGGGUCUUCAUGUGGAAACGAUAGAAACGGAAAAGAAGGAACGGUUCAUCCAGGUCAGUAAGGUUGAUGAAGAGGAGAGGAAGCGGAGGGAGCAGCAGAAGCUGGAGCGGGAGCAGGAGGAGUUGAAUGACGCUGUAGGCUUCUCCAGGGUCAUCCACGCCAUCUCCAAAUCUGGCAAGCUGGUGGUCGGCCACAACAUGCUCCUGGAUGUGAUGCACACCAUCCACCAGUUCUACUGCCCCCUGCCAGAGGAUCUUCAAGACUUUAAAGAAGUCACGAUGUGUGUCUUCCCGAGACUUCUGGAUACGAAGCUGAUGGCUUCCACUCAGCCGUUUAAGGACUUGAUCACCAACACGUCUCUGGCGGAACUGGAGAAGCAGCUGAAGGAGGCUCCAUUUAAAUCCCCACAAGUCGAAGCUGCAGAGGGGUUCCCCAGCUACGACACGGCCCAGGAGCAGCUCCACGAGGCGGGAUACGACGCCUACAUCACCGGCCUGUGCUUCAUCUCCAUGGCAAACUUCCUGGGUUCCUUCUUGACUCCUCCCAAAGCUCACAUCUCGGCUCGCUCCAAACUCGUCGAGCCUUUCUUCAAUAAGCUUUUCCUGAUGAGGAUUAUAGAUAUACCCUACCUCAACAUCACAGGGCCGGACUUGCAGCCCAAAAGAGACCACGUCCUGUACGUCACCUUCCCAAAGGAGUGGAAGACAAGCGACCUCUACCAGCUCUUCAGUGCCUUCGGAAACAUCCAGGUUUCAUGGAUCGACGACACGUCGGCCUUCGUGUGCCUGAGCCAGACGGACCAGGUGCAGAUCGCUAUGAACACCAGCCGCUACGCAGAGAGCUACAGGAUCCAGACGUACGCAGAGUACAUCCAGGGGAGGCAGCAGGAGAAGGAGAAGCUCGGCCAGACCCCCAAAACCUGGGGAGACGAUAGCUGGAAACCCCACUACACCUCCUCCAGCGCUUCUGGUGGCUUUGGCUACGCCAGGAUCAGGAAACGCAGCAUCAGCCCCACUCAAGGAGAGCAGGGGUCUGAAGAGGGUGUGAUUGCAGACGGCUGGAGCAACUACUCAUACCCGGAUAGCACAGCAAGCAAGAAGAUCAAAACCGAUGAUACGAGCGGACAUUCAAAUGCCGAGGCUGUGGAGAGCAAGACGUCGGAGGGAUGGCUGAAGACGACAGGAGCGUCGGACUCGCCCGGGUUGAGUCCCGACCCCGACGCCGGAGAGGCCAGUCCCGAGGCCGUGGAUCCCGGUAACGACGCCGGAGGGACCGUCGCCUGGCAACGGGCCUCAGCCGUCCAGGGGAGGAAAGGUCAAAAGAACAAGAAGAAGGCUCAAGCUGAAUCCACGACCUCUCUGUUUGAAGUCCCUGAGCUCUGGUAGAGGAGAGCGGAGCGACAGGCUCCUCCUCCUCCUCCUCCUCCUCCUCGUCCUCAGUGCACACCCCCCACCAUUCAUCCCUUCACUCAGCAGCUGUGGGACAGCGUGUCCGACGCGACCAGCCAAAACCACUCGACUGGACUUUAAGCCAUAACAACAGCUGCCAUAUUUUGAUCCGACUCCCGGAGGAGCAGGCAACUCUUCUGGGUAAACGCGCUGCACUGGUACACAUAUGCACAAAACACACCGCCGGAUCCCGUCAGGUGGAAAGAGUCACGGUCCGACGCGCUCCGACUGAAGUCUGCUCUCACUCUGGAAUCACUCAUGAAUUUUUAGGGAGGCUUUUUGAUCUCCAGUCUGAUGAGCCUGGGUAUUGUGCAUGAGAGGGAAAUGUACACUUAUCUUUGGUCUUUGUAUCCCCGUGACUUUGUUUCAUAAACUGUACGAUCCAAACGGCACUCGACCGGUCCUGUAGUUUCCAAUGUCAGGGUUACUCACAAUUUUAAUGGCGUCAAUUUUUUUCCCCCCCUUUUUUUAAAAAAGAAGAUGGCAACUUUCUCCACUUUUAUCAGAUGUGAGCUACUCAAUGAUAAUGCUAUUUAUUAUUGGUGGCAUUUUGACCUUUAAUCAGGUGCUUGUCUUUUUCCGUUUCUUUUUGUACAAAGGUGUUUCUUUACCUUUUUUUGUGUUCGUUUUGUAAUCGUGUCGACCUGCAACAUUGUCCGAGUAUGUUCUAAUACAAAUGAUGUAAACGUUAAGACCAAUACUGUUUUGUAUAAGAUGAAAAACUUUAAAAAUCCUUAAAUAUUUCCUUUGAAAAGGGAAAAAAAAAAAUUAAAGAAUGUUUCUUAGUAA